AUGAAAACAUAUCGUUUUGGGGUAUCCUUUACAGUAAACAAAAUGCUGUUAAAUCGUGUAUUGCUUGUUCUCUUUCUUUCUUUUUGUUUUACAAAAUCUGAGGACUUAACUUUCAAGGAAGUUGCGUUUAAGGGGUACAGUGUGUUUACAGAAAAAUUUAAACUUACUAUUCCGUCUGGUAACCGCCUUAAGGACUUUUUGCCAAAAUCCAUUUAUGAUGAUAUUGAAAUAAAAAACCAGACUAUUCCUGUUCUCUAUAAGGAUUCGUUGGCUGAUUUGGGAAAUUUGGAUGAACUUGUGAUUGAAUUUUGUCACGUAGAAGAAAUACGACCCGGAGCAAUCAGUAAUGUGCCAAUGUUAAGGAAGUUAUCUUUUAAAGGUAACGACAUAAAAAGCAUUGAAUUCGGAGUUUUCAACAAUCUAAAGAUUUCUACAUUAGAUUUGUCGUCAAAUAAAAUAUCAAGCAUACAUGCUAAAGCAUUCAACGAUAUGCCGGACCUACUCAAUAUUCAACUAGCUGACAACUUUAUCCAAAUAUGGAAUCCAGAAUGGUUUAAAAACACACCCUUACUAACAAGAAUUUCAAUGCAAAAUAACAGAAUAGAAGAAAUACCAGCUUAUGCUUUUAAAAAUAUGAAAGGAAUAAAAAAAUAUGGAAACCUUGAUCUAACAAUUAACUUUGUUUUCAGCCACAAUCAAAUCAAAAACAUAAACCCCAAAGCAUUUUCAGGUUUAGAAAAAAUUAACAACUUGUGGCUUGACAAUAAUUUACUUCAAGAAUUUCAUGAAGAUUUAUUAAAUGGCAUUGCAAUCGAUGAUUUAAGAUUGAACAAUAAUAACAUAAAAUGUUUCGAUGGUGAUCUUGACAAAACUUUAAAAGCUAACACAAACCAUAUUGAUUCUAAUCCAUUUGAUUGUGAUUGCUUAGAACAGAUUAAAGAAUGGUCAAAAAAGAAGAAAAAUGUCGAGUUUUCUUUUGCUGAAAUGGAUUGUAUAACUCAGAGAUUUAAAAUUAAAAUGACUGCUUUGGAAAAAAGAUUAAAGGAAUUAAAAGGAAUGACAGACAACACCGACGAAAGUAAGAAGGAGAUUGAAGAUGUCGAAAUUUUUGAACCCAAAACAGCUUCUAUAAAGUAA